AAGCCUUUCACUUUCUCGACCCGCGAAACUGCUGCGCUGUGAAAUCCCCCGCUGCGACUGACUCUCUAGCGUUUUUCCUGCGCCGUGCGCGAUCCUCGCCGCACACCAAGCAUCUCCGCCUGGCUCCCUCGCCGCCAAGCAACCAAGCACCAAGCACUCCAUCGCCAACCCCAAACCACCUCUCGCCAUGUCCGAGAACGUGCCCACCGCCCAAGGCCCGCAGUCGGCCACGACACCGCAGCAGCAGCCUCAAGUCCUGCCCCAGCCUCAGGGCCAGGCAUCGCCCGCCGUCGCCAGCGGUGCCGGCGACCAGCUCGUCUGCCAGUGGCAGAACUGCGGUGAGCGCUGUCCGUCCGCCGAGCAGCUCUAUGACCAUGUUUGCGAGCGACACGUUGGCCGCAAGAGCACCAACAACCUCAACUUGACCUGCCAGUGGGGCAAUUGCCGCACGACGACGGUGAAACGUGACCACAUCACUUCUCACAUCCGCGUGCACGUCCCGCUGAAGCCGCACAAAUGCGACUUCUGCGGCAAGGCCUUCAAGCGCCCCCAGGACUUGAAGAAGCAUGUCAAGACGCACGCCGACGACUCUGUGCUACUGCACUCGCCCGAACCAGGCCGUGCUGGCCACGGUGGCGGCAACUACCAGCAGAACAACGGAAAACUGGUCGCUGACUUGCAGGCUCUCGCUGCUACAGCGAGUGGUUACUACAACCCCGAGAAUCCUGGCUCCGGCAACUACGGCCAGCAACACCAGGGUGGCCAGCCCCCCCAGGGAUUCUACAGCGCCGCGCCACAGAGCACCGCAUAUGGCCCCGUCUACUAUGCUGUUAAUCAACCUCAGUCCAUGAACAACGACUCCUACGAGAUCCGGAAGCGCGCCGCCUACGACGCGCUCAACGAAUUCUUCGGUGACGCCAAACGGAGACUCAUUGACCCCACGACGUACUACGACGUCGGCCAGCGACUAAUGGGGCUUCAAGGUGUUCAACUUCCCGUUGUCGCGGGAGGCGGGGGAGGAGGGUACCAGGGCGGUAUGUCUGAUUACGGUCAAGGCGGCCCCAUGGUUGCACACGCACCAGCGCCACCUUCAGGACACCAAUACUCACUCCCACUACCGAACCUCCGGACCAAGAACGAUAUUCUCAACAUUGACCAGUUCCUCGAACAGCUACAAUCGACAGUCUACGAGAACUCCAACCACGCUGCUGCGGCCGGCGUCGUACAGCCAGGCGCCCAUUAUAUGCACCCAGGAAUCAACUACCGAUCCAGCAACUCUCCGCCAGGGAUGCCCGCUGGCUCGCACCCGCAAUCUUCGCACGCUACAGCGGUGGCACCGAUGUCGGCAGCUCCAGCCAGCGAAACUCCCGCUCUGACGCCUGCGUCAAGUGUCUUGUCGUACAACUCCGCACACUCGCCAGGUUCGGGACACUCUGGAAGUACUGUCUCACCAACUUCGCGGGCCGGAAUGAGCAGCAUGUACCCCACUCUGCCUUCAGUUAGCACGAUGUCGGAUGCCUCGAAUUACCCUGCGACCAGCGGUGCUCCCCCAUCUGCGCUCGGUGCGUCCUUCGACGCAGACGGCCGUCGACGCUACUCUGGCCAUCUGCUCCAGAAAGCCGCCCCUAGCCGUAGGUCUAGCGAUGACAUGGAUAUAUCCGAGGAAGGAUCACCAAAAGGCUCCCGAAGAGGCUCUGAACAAGAUAGCCUUCGCCACAAUGUCAACCAACUCGCGAUACAGUCUCCCAAGGUUGACCCGGCCCUCCGAUCCCCUAGCCAGGCUUCGUCUGGAGAACCUGUUGCUGAGUCGUGGGUGGAGAACAUCCGCACUAUUGAGAAACUCAGGAGUUGGCUCAAAGAACGGAUUGAACAACACGACUACGUUGAUGACGAAGACAGCACUCCCGAGGCGGACUCGAAGCCUUCGAUGAGCGAGGAUGCACACAAUCUAUAUCCUGUGCUGAGGGCUGUCCGAGAAGGAACCGAGUGAAGAAUAUUGGGUGGCUGGGUAAUCGGUGUUAACGGUGAUGUGUAUGAUGAGGUUUUUGAUACGAACGGUAUGCUUCCAUCAUGCAGCAUUUCUUUACGACAGACCGGGACACUCGCUUCUUCAAGCUGAGAUCGGACGCAAGCCGCUGUUGUGGCUUCAGGAUCCUGUCCCUUUUACACUAUCGGGGGCUGUCUCUUUUAAUUAGUGUUUUAGUGUGUUGUGUAACGAUGACAGUCGUUCUCAGGGCUAUCUGCCAAGUUACCAUGAACUCUUUUCAUUCUACGACAGCUGGGUAUCAAAACACAAUUUGUUUCAGUCACACUUUCAAUGUUGUGUCCGUGAUAUUCUCCAACGGUUGUCCACUUUGCUUUCGCCGAUCGUGACUAUACUUUCAGUAACGGUGUACCAUAGCAUAGCUUGAGUGUGUCUGAUUGUCUAAAGCUUUGAAAUGUCGAGGAG